AUGCCGAGCACAUCCACCCUGACUGCCGCCCUGCUCCUCACCCUGCUGGCUGCACAAUGCACACACGCCACAGUCUUGUUGCCUGCUAAGGAAGCUGUGCAAUUUUUGCACCAAAGACACAAGAGGGCUAACCAUCUGUUUGAAGAAACCAAGCAAGGCCACUUAGAACGGGAAUGUAUAGAGGAACAGUGCACCAAAGAGGAGGCAAGGGAAGUCUUCGAGAAUGAUCCAGAAACUGAGUAUUUUUACCCGAGAUAUUUAGAAUGCAUUCGUAGGUACUGGUUUCCAGAAAGAAAAGAUCCUGGUCUCUCUACCUGUAUACAUAAUCUCCGUGACCAGUGUUCAUCAAAGCCCUGUCACAAAGCUGGAUCAUAUUUAUGUAGAGAUCUUCAGGGAGACUUCUACUGCAACUGCAAGAAAGGAUGGACAGGGAAAACCUGUUCCACUGAUGUUAAUGAAUGUGCGGUCCGGAAUGGAGGCUGUUCUCACUAUUGUAUUAAUAAGCCUGGAACAUACCACUGUUUUUGCCAGAGUGGCUUUCAGCUUCUCAAAGACAAUAGGACUUGUGAGGAUAUUGAUGAGUGUAUGGUAUCACCGGAUAUCUGUGGAACAGCACUUUGUAAAAAUUUGCCCAGUUCUUAUACCUGUCUUUGUGAAGAGGGGUUUGUAUAUGAUGAAGUGACAAAAAGUUGUCAGGAUAUAGAUGAAUGUGUGGAGAAGCGCUGUGAACAAACCUGUCUCAAUACACCGGGUAGUUAUUCAUGCCACUGUGAUGGACGAGGAGGGGUGAAAUUGUCACAUGACAUGAACACCUGUGAGGAUAUAAUUCCAUGUGUUCCUUUUGCAACGGAAAAAAGCAAGACAUCCCUGUACCUAGGCAGGAUGUUCAGUGGUACGCCUGUGAUCAGGCUUCGCUUUAAGAGGAAGCAGCCAACUAGACUUGUGGCAGAGUUCGAAUUUCGUACUUUUGAUCCAGAAGGAGUGCUGUUCUUUGCUGGAGGCCAUCAAGACAGUGCAUGGAUAGUUCUAGCUCUGCGUAAUGGAAGGCUUGAAUUACAGCUGAAAUACAAUGGGAUUGGACGAGUAACAAGCAGUGGGCCAAUCAUAAACCAUGGUAUUUGGCAAACCAUUUCUGUUGAGGAAAUGGAUCGGAACUUGGUGAUCAAAGUUAAUAAGGAUGCAGUAAUGAAAAUAGCUGUUUCUGGAGAUCUGUUUACUUUUGACAGAGGACUAUACCAACUAAAUUUGACAGUGGGAGGAAUUCCGUUUAAAAGCAGUGAGCUCAUUCAGUUAAUUAACACACGACUGGAUGGCUGCAUGCGUGGCUGGAACUGGCUGAAUGAGGAAGACACAUCAAUACAAGACACUGUGCGGACACAAGAAAAGAUGCAGUGCUUUGUGGUGGCUGGAAGAGGCUCUUUUUAUCCAGGAAGAGGGUUUGCUCUUUUCUUCAUUGAUUACACGGAUCUAUCUAAUAAACAGGAAGAUGUGCCAACCUGGAGAAUAGACAUCAAUGCAGCGAUAAAUCCAGCCACUGAUACUGGAGUGCUCUUUGCUCUUGUGUCAAAGGACAAGGAAGUCCCUUUGUCACUAGCUCUAAUUGAUUAUCAUUUCGCAACCAGAAUUAAAACGCAGUUCAUCAUCCUGUCUGUAGGAAAUGUUGUCGUGUGUCGAUUAGAGGUAAAUGUCUGUGAUAAAGAGCACAUCGUGGAGGUCUCUGCAAGCAAGGAUCACAUAGUCCUUUCCUUUGAUGGAGAGCCAGGACAAACAGAAUUGCAGGAAUCCGAAUUACAACUCAUUCUUUCUGACUUAAAUGAACACUUGCAGCAAGGAGUAAAUACCUAUAUUGGAGGAUUACCAGAUGUGGAUGUCACGCGCACACCAGUCACUGCAUUCUAUCAUGGCUGCAUGACCAUACGUGUUCAGCAGAAGACCUUGGACUUGGAUGAAGCUGUACACAAACACAGUGACAUCACCUCCCACUAUGUCCACCCAUUAAGUCUCUCAAAU